AUGCUGCAAGUGACCAAACGGCAAACUGGGGUACUCACUGGCAUUAUUAAAGCUAACUUUGGCGCGAGAAAUAUUACAUACCUGCACAGUGGCAGCCGAGUCCGAGGACUGAAAAGAGACCCUAGCGAGUACCUGAGGCUUCAAAAUGGUCUGAUGUACAAUGAGGUCAAGCCUGAAAACUACCAAGAGAAUGUGCGCAAGCAGCUCAAUUUGGCGAAGCACAAUAUCUCACUUUCGGACGACAUCAUAUUGCAGUGUCUUACUCACAAGUCAUUCGCACACGGGUCAAAGCCUUACAACGAAAAAUUAGCGGCUCUCGGGAUGCAGUUCCUCAAGUACCAUACGUCUGUGCACUCUUUGAGGAGCGCAAAACCCUUAUCCCCGGUGGCCGAGGGCAAAAAUCAAAAAAGCAUAAAUGGACUGAACUUCACCAACUUGGGCACCCAGCUUUCUAAGCUGCUCAUUGCUAAGAAAACUACGGCGCAAGUUAUUAGGAGCAGGCAUCUAGAUUCGUUGAUAUUUUGGAAAAAGAGGGACCCUCUAAAGAAUGAGAGCUUCAACGGGGAAACCACUGUUUACUCUGGCGUUCUCAGCGCCCUGGUCGGCGGUAUACUAGUCACGAACGGCCCUCAAAAGACUUCUCAAUUUAUUGAAAAAGAGCUCUUAGAUCCAAAGAAGGAAGCAUCUUUGGUACAAAUCGCCAAAACCAUGGCAUAG